UUACUUUCUAUUGAGAAUUGAAGAAGAAGAAGAAGAAGAAUACCCUGCCUUUCGGCUACCUUGCGCUAUGGGGUGUUGUCCGAGGGCAAUUUCAAGGGCCCGAUUUUUUUCCUACAUCCAUUACUAAAUGUAGCUCACGACAGAAGGUCGGCCUGACUCAGAGUUCUUCGCGCUUAAUUGCUUGAGCUCCCCGUGCACACUGACUAACAACAUGCUAGCUACAAGAGCUAUUUAAUGUAUGUCACACGUAGUCACUUUGUUAUCGGAUGGGUGAUCCAAGAUAAUAUAUCCGUUAGUAACUUAUCCAAGGUCAUUCUGUAACUGGAUGGAGCCGAGGUUCGAUCACAGUAUCUUGUGGAUAUGUGUCAAACAUCUUAACCAUUCAGCCAUAGAGGCUUUGAUAAUUGUGAUAUAUGAAAAUAAAUAAAAGAGCCCAGUUCAAGCAAUCCGACAGUAGGCAUUUAUCGGAACCCCUCCGAUCCGACUGGAAUCCAAUAGGAUUUUAUCAGAUUCUGUCAGAUCUUACAGAAUUAUCGUUGGAUUCCGGGUCGAGGAAUCGAUGUCGGAUCCUCAGUGCCAGAUUCCUAUGAAAUCCAAGGAAAAUCCCUUGUAUGUCAUCGGAAGUUCAUAGGAUUCCGACACUGAGGAUCCGACAUCGAUUCGUCGACCCGGAAUCCAAUAGAAUUGUAUCGGAUUGUAGGAUAUUUCCAGGUUCCUAUCGGACCCGAUGUCGGAUCAGUCGACCUGGUAAUAAGUGCAUUUUAUAAGUUAUAGCUUACCAUAGAAUUGAUUAUUAAGACGCGCCUACCCAUAUCCAUCAAUCCGACUCGGAUCCUCAGGCUCGGUGUCGAUGAUGCCGGAUUCAAAUUCCUGGAUGUCGAUAACUCAUUUCAAACUUCGAUCAGAAUCGAGAUCAGAGUUGAAAUAAAAUGUCUAACUUUACAGUCACGGAAUUUUUGAUGCACCCAAUUUCUGACCAACGGGAGCUCGGAUCGAAGAAGUGAUGACGGACUCGAAAUCCUCGACCUCGGUAACCUAUAUGAGAUUUAUAUUACUUAAAGCACGUUCCGCAAAUAUAUUAUCUUGCUUCAAGCCAGAGCCAUCUUUGGAAAAAUGGUUCAGGAAUAAAAAAAAAUGGUGCAGGACGGAACCUUUUCAAACAUCCGGAACUAUUGAGGAUGUGAGAUGGUUCUUUAAACUAGCUAGAAUCCUCGAUGGUUUAUUACUAAGUGAGUGAAACCUCAAAAGAUACAAUAUCUAGGCUAGAACCAUAAAUGGUUCCAUAUGACAUCAUUUUUUUUCAGAGUACAGACCCUUACCUGAAAAUCUAGUGUAUUAGAGUUGAAAAAAAAGUCCUUGAACUUGUUAGUCUCGUCUCACAAUAUAUCGAUCAAUUUAAUCCGAAUUCAACGAUUAUGACCGAUUACGACCUAUUCAAUGGUAGAAUCAAGUGCUACUCAAACUAUACACUUGCCCUUCUAGCCUUCGCCCGCAUAUCAAGCGAGAUUUUAAACUAGCGAUCUGUAGUUUCAGUUAUGUGAUGGCUGAAGUCUCGGAUAUAGUGAGCACUGACUCCACUGCAGUGAUAUUCAGUGCGACACUGACUACACUAAACUUGGUGUUCACUGAGACACUGGCGUACUUACCAGCCAAGAGUAUGCGAAUGGGCAUUUACAUAUUCUUGGUGAAUACGUGUGGUAGUGUCCCACUGAACAGCAAUUCAGUGUAGUCAGUGCUCAGUGCUCAGUGUAUCGGUGUUGUCAGUAUCAGUAUUUCAGUAUUUACACUGAAACUGCACAUCCCUAUCUAGAACGAAACUGAAGAAGAAAUGCAUCGAAGAAAAAAAGAAAAAGUUGAAGUAGUCGUCGAAAUAUGAGACGUACGUUCAAGUUUUGUUUUUAUAAAGUCUCAUGCGUUUAAUAAGCGCUAUUCGUAUAAAAAACAGUGAUCACGGUGCACGGGGUAUAGAAAAUGCAUUUCUAACACAAUCAUAUUCAUUCAGUGCAGCUAGACGCGUAGGCCGCGCGACUGAUCUACCACCGCCGAUUUUUUCUGGAAAGUUGCAGCCAUCUUUGCCGACAUAUAUUUUGUUCUUCAUUGCUGAUCGUAAUGUUACUUAUAUAUUCUUUUCUAUUAUGCCAAGAUGAAAUUUAAAGUUAUUUUAAAGAGUAUCUCAAGAUAUUAUUAAGCAACCAUUGAAAAAAACAUGUUUUUCUGAGAAUACAUCCUAUUCCGCAAUGUUGAACAUUCCGGAACCAGUUCCGCUCACGGAACCAAUUCCAUAUAAUUCCAGCAAUUCCGUUAGUCACUUCGAACACAAUUCCGGAAUUCCCGGAAUUCCAUUUACCCCUUCCGACUCAAUUCUGGAAUUGCAAGGAAUUCCGUUUUCACCUAAUUCCGGAAUGUUCAACACUGCGGAAUAUGAUGACUACUCGUUUUUCUUAUUCUCGAAAAAAUAACUAAAUGUUAACUUAAGACCCGCCGCCGCCGAUUUACCCGUCGACUUACACCUCUAAGUGUAACACAAUCAUCGAUACGAAUACAGUUUACUUCCAUAUCGUAGAUGUUGACUGUUGGCUGUGCUUGAAUAUAAAAACGUAGGAGAAGGAUCCUAUAAUUUCGUUCGAACAACUGUGUCUGUGUAUCUUCGCUGGUAGUAUGGUGCUCUCAUCAAUAUGUAGCAAACAAUGAGUCACAUUUCAGAAGAGAAUCUACGAUCUCAUCCACAUUUAAGGAACAUGUAGAAAAUUGCCGUUCGUCCACGAGUGCUCGAUGUUAAUUGAUUUUCUAGAAAGUUUCUAGUCUAGAAACCUUUGAAUUCUUAGUGCUUUCAUUGUUGUGAUACAGUUUAUUGAAAAGAAAAAAAGUCUGCUGGAAAGUACAUUUUGUAGUCGUCGUUGAAUUUUGUUCAACUGAAUUUAAAUUCCUGAAUGACUACUCGUAGCUGGAAGAUAGAAAUGUGCAGCAGAUACCGACAAAUCACUCUUAAUUUCUAUAUCUUUCUUCCCUUUAUAGCGUACUGCACAAUCUCAAGUUAUCACUUCUGCAAGGAGAUAUUCAACAAAGGUGAAACCACCCCCAGCCAUGUCAAUGCAUCUCCAUCUGCUUGUUCUGGCAACUUUGUUCAGUUUUCUUCCGAUACAUGAAAGUUUCAUAGUGAGUCUCGGAGGGACGGACAAUCUUGCCAAGUAUCGAAACCUGACAGGACAAUCCUUUCAAGUUAUUGUCACUGGUAAUAAUCAAAACUGGUAUUCCGUUUGGGGCACUGAUAUUUACACUGAUAGUUCUUCCGUCGCCGCUGCCGCUGUUCACGCUGGAGUUCUCCUGAACGGACAAACAGGCACACUCACAGUUACCAUUCUUUCCGCUCAAAGAAGCUAUUUAGCAACAACACGCAAUGCGGUCAACUCGCAAUCUAGUGGAAGUUCGGCGGGUAGCUUUUGUUUCGGCAGUCUGUCAUCGCCAACAAAUCUGAUGAGUUAUCGAGGUCAGGUCGGACGAAUGUUUCCUUUUCUUCUUCAAGGUGUAAAAAGCAAUGCAACAGUGUACGGAACAGACAUUUACGGUGACCAAUCUAAUCUAGCAGCCGCUGCGGUACACUCGGGUGUCCUUCCAGUGGGUCAAACGCGCAUAAUCAUUGUAACAAUAUUGGCUGGACAGAACUUUCCAUCAACCCUCGAUCCAUAUCAGGCUCUGGUUGGGCGUUCGUUUCCAGUUUUGCUCAGCGGUGGAUAUAUUGUCUGGGUUGGUGGCAGUGAUAUUUACUCCACAAAUUCAGACCUGCCAUCUGCUAGUGUUCACGCUGGUGUUCGUGCUAAGGGGCAAACCGCAAUAGUCAUUGUUACUAUUCUUGCCGGUCAAUCGAGCUACUUAAGUACAACUCUUAAUGGAGUAAGUUCUUCGUCUUUCGAUGCCUGGGGAGCCAGUUUUUGUUUUGGCAGUCUGUCAUCACCAACAAAUUUGACGAGUUAUCGGAGUCAGGCCGGACGAAUGUUUGCUUUUCUGCUUCACGGUGUAAAAAGCAAUGCAACAGUGUACGGAACAGACAUCUACGGUGACCAAUCUAAUCUAGCAGCCGCUGCGGUACACUCGGGUGUCCUUUCAGUGGGUCAAACCCAGAUAAUCAUUGUAACAAUAUUGGCCGGACAGAAGUCGUAUGUCGGUUCAUCACGUAACAAUAUAACCUCGUUGCCAUUGGGUGGAUGGAAUGGUAGUUUCUCGUUUUUCCAACUUACCAGUCCGCCAAAUCUGGUCGACUAUCGGUGUCAGGUGGGCCGAGCCAUUCCAUUUUUAGUGACUGCUGUUGUUUGGAACUCGGUUUGGGGCACUGGCAUUUACACUGAUGAUUCUGACUUGGGUGCUGCUGCUGUUCACAAUGGUGUUAUUCUGAACGGUGUAACAUAUAUCGUAAUAGUUAAUAUUCUGCCUGGUAUUAGUGGUUACAGUGGUAGUACAAAGAAUGGGAUUACUUCGUAUUCCUCUCCGGACUCGCCUGGUAGCUACAGUUUUGUAAACACUUCGUAUCCUACUGGUUGUGCGCUAUAUUAA